AAGACACAUACUGCAACUACCUGUAUUUUUAUCGGUGAUUUUUUUUUUAUAUUAAUAAUCGUGUUUCAGACAUCACACCUUUGACAGGAUCAGCUAAACACUGUACCGCGGGCCCAUAAUGUCUGCCAGUAAAUUCAUCAUACAAUCCACAUUGCUUUUAUUUUUGAUUACCCAUAUCAAAGGAAAAAAGACAAUAUAUUUUUCUCAAUCAAAGAUCGCUGUGCUCAAAUGUGAUAUUGAUUUAAGUGAAGUCAGAAUUCUGUCUUGGUAUGACAAGGACUUUCAAGAUGGCCCAGUUGCAAGUUAUAACGUUCGAAACAAUUCUAUAUGGUCCGAGAAUGAUCGCUAUGUACCAACUAAAUAUCAACUUACUGUGCGUAAUGUAACCGACGGACAAAAUAUAAGUUGUAUAAAUCCCCUUAACAAAGAAGGCCAAGAAUUUUUCUUGCAGCGCAAUAAGCCACCGAACUUUACACUAGAAAUUAUGAACUGCCCGGAUGUUCCAGUGGAGAAAAACGAUACAGUAAUUUUAAAAUGUACAGUUAAGGGAUAUUAUCCCAAUGGCUCUGUUCACAUUUCCUGGGAUAGUACUGGCGAUAUUUGUUUAAAAACAAACGAAAUCAGUGACUGUACUGUGACCGGUAACAAGACAUUCAGCUUAUCCUCAAGUAUUGCAUUCAAAGUUUCGGAAAAUCAAACGGUUACGUGCCGUUUAGAUUUAAAAGAACCGACAACAUAUACUAAGAUUCUGGGGUCCGUUUGCGAAAUACAACUCGAAGAAGGUGAACGCAACUUGGUCACGAAGGCUAUGUGGUAUGGUUCAAGCGCCGACUGUAAAUUAUUUUCAUUCAUUUAACGUAUUUGCGUCACCAUCAUGACCAUAUAUAGACACAUCCUGACUAUAUGAGUUUUUGUCGACGAAAAUUUGAUAGUGUGGACAGAGCUUAAUAUCAUAUGUGAAAGAGUGUCAGAGGUCAAUAAGAUACACAGAGAAGCCAAGUUAGUAGGGCAAUUGGCUGAGACGUCUGCUUAGACGGCAGAAGGUCCCAUGUUCGAAUCACGAUUGAGCAACAUUAUUUCACACUCACAGCUCUAAUUCUGGUUGUUUACAGUUCCUAACUAGAAAUAUUAUAAUUUGAUAGACAAAAAGUGAUUUUUUUUAGAUACUAUUUUUCAGUAACUUAAUGUUAAUUUAUUGUUUAUGUAAACAGGUCUAAUAUCGGUAGCACCCGGUUUGUUCUUACUAAGCUCCUUGUGGACAAUGUUUCUUUAAUAGGAUAGCAUAAUUUCUUCUAAUAACCAAAUAACGAACUGUUGCUUUUAAUAAUCAAUUUAAAAUUAAAGAUAAAAUUAAAAUUUCUCAUCUAUUACGUUUUAAUUUUCAGUAUUUGAUACAUUAUUCCACUUGCUGUUUCAGGAUUUUUUCCAUGCCAUAAAAUCACCUUCUCAUUCGAGAUCCAGCAAUACGAAAAUGAUGCACAGAGGAUGAUGUAGCUUGUAGAUAUCUUGCAGUCUAUAGUGCUAUAUCAAAACCGUGAAGUCAGACACGUUUAAAGAAUGAAAGAAACUUCGAUUCUAUCUGCACUUGAAUCGCCACAAUGCCUUCGUAUAUAUGAUCAUAUUACUCUUAGAAACCUGGCGAUUCAAAUUGCUUAGCGGUAUAAUGGGCUGGUUCGAAUGACAUACUCGCCCAUGUCUCUGGUGGUGGAACAAGUGUUCUCCCUCCAAUAAAGACUCUAACCCAGUGUACACAAUUGGCUCGUGUGCGCUUUAAAGAACCAGUUCAUCCUUCGAGAAGGGUAGGGGGUUAUCCCGGUAUAUUAGUCCAUUUAGCCCCAUGACAACUGAUUGGACAUGAUGUGUGACCUUUGGGGAGAAGAAAGUUUUUGAAUGAGUUAGUCCAAGUGUGUGCUCAUUUCAGCCUAGUAAGUCACAAGUCUUGUGCUAUUUCCUACCCUUUAAAUUUACCACAAAUUUAACGUGUUUACAUUUUUCUUUUCAGAUCUUCUGGGCAAGCCGAGACCUUGUGUUCCAACUAGUGUGCUCAUAGUGGUGGCUGUUUUCAUAAUAGUUGAACAUGUUUUACUAUUAAUAUUAGGCCUAUAUUGCUGUUUUAUUAAACAACAUUGUCAUGUAAAGUUUCAGGCACAGAAAGGCAAGGAUGAUAAACCCGAUAUAGACAUUGAGUGCCUGGAUGAGAUGUCUGAGACGUUGAUUGACCUUCCUAACAAUACAAAUAAACUCAAUGCGAAGCAAAUGGGAAGAGAACUAUUAAGACAAAGGAGCGUUUCCAGUGAUUUUUCUUCAAUAACUAAAUGUUAAUUUAUUGCUUAUGUAAACAGGGUCUAAUAUCGGUAGCACAUGGUUUGUUGUCACCCAGCUCUUUUAUUUUACUUUCUCUUUAGUAGUAAAGUUGACUUAAUAGGAAAAAGAAUAAUAUUAUGAUUUGUUUUUGCUUUUGAUUUGUUUGGUUUUUGUUUAUAUUUGCAUACAUCAAAAGACAAAAACAGUUCAUUGUGUGUUUAGACCAAUGACCUAUCAUUAUAAAAAAAAUUGUCAACAUUUAUUAAUUGUAUUGUUUGUUUGUCCUCAAGACUCAAAUUUUCUGUAACCAAUUGUAUGGACAUUGACAUCUGUACCAUGAUCUUCAACAAUAUGACUACUACUGUAAUAUACACGAAAUAUAAUGGCUUGUUGGCGCAUGUUAACUAUGGCAACAUAAAGAAAACGAUAUGUGAUCUGAUAUUGGCCAAAUUAUUAUGAGAGACGGUUACUUCAUCUUUUUUUUUUCUUAAUCUUUAUCUUUUCAAUAACGUCCACGUUUAAACGUGAUCCAAAUAAGGUAGCAAUAUGAGGUAGCAAUUGUCAUGAAAUAAGCGGAGGACAUAUGGUACUGAUUGAACUGUUGAAAUAUUUUAAAGAGAAACAAAUUUGAGAAAUGUACGACAUGGUGUGUGAACUAAUGUCCAGGCGCACAUCUAAUAGGGAGAACGGGGGAACGUGCCCUCCCCGUUUUGCCAAUAAAUUUUAAAAUUUCGAUGCAUAUCAAAAUUAUAUAUUUAAAUUAGCGCUACUCGCUUAUAUAUUCUGAAAACUGUGUGUGCACCCCCUCCCCAAUUAAAAAAAGAAAUCUUGAUUCUUUAAGAGAUAAAGGCGAGGGCUAUUUUUACACCAGUCGCACACGAAUUUUUGUACACGAAUUUAUAAUUCUGAUUAAAUGGUAUUGUAUGUAGGCCUAUGCAUUGGAUUUAGGACAAUAAAUUCAGAUCGGAAUUAUGAGUUUAAGACUGGUGUAAGAAUUGCCAUUGCCUAAGAUACAUUCAAUGAACUAGACAUUAAAUAGAAUUUUAGAAACGGCAUCAAAAAGCUCAUCUGUGUCAAGGGCCAAAUGAUUGAAGUGCUCAAGAAAACAAGUAUCUUAUCACGUUUUAUACUUUAUAAAAAUAUAUCUUCUUAAUCUUUCUAGAGUUUUUCACCAAUUCAUUGUCUUAGAAAUGUUUGUACUACAUCAAUUUUUCUGAUUCCGGAGCCUGACUUUAAUGGAAAGAAUAAAAAUGAUCUUACUGUAUUUUGUCUCCAAGCGUUGAGGGCAUUCAAAAAGUGCCGACAUUUUAAAAACUAAAUGUAGCCUAGACUGGUUAAAUGCU